CUUUGGGGUCCUUCAGCUGAAUGGUUGAGGCGCCUAAUUUCUGUAUUAUAUUAUUUGAAAUGUCAGUAUUUGUAUCGCUAGUGCACUAAGUUAUAUUUAUUGAUUCGCCUUAUUGAUUUGAGUAAAGUGGGUGGUAAUGGAGGAGGUAGAUGUGGAGCCGACAACUACUGUAAGUACCGCUCGUGCUCUGUUGUUGUGGAAUCAAAAUGUGUCCAGGGCAGGCUAUAGUAUGCAGUUAGUUAGCUAGCUAACGUUAGUUCGCUAACUAACAAUUCAUUCAAAUGUCUCUGAGCUCAAGUGUCCACAAUAAUACUGGCAGCACUGCACAAUGUUGAAUUGUCAUUUGCGAUGACUGGUUUCAGUGGGUUGAAAGGUACUGGCAGCAAGGCAGAAUAAUCUCUAGACGGUUAACUACCUAGUUAGGUCAACAUAAACUAACGAGACUUUUCUCGCUUUCAGCCUAUCCCUGGGAUCGACAGCAACCAAAAACACUUGGGAUUUGUGUGGGGUCCUGGAGAUAUCCUGGUUUAUGAGACCAUUUACAAAGUAUCAGGUAGAAUGAGAGUUGAACAUAUAACUUGGCAGUAAAGCCAUGACUCAAAUCAUGUCAAAGUACAAAGCAUCCUCCUCUCUAACUAACUCACUCUCCCUGUGCAUCUCUUCAGGUGGAUCUGCAGGGGGUUGUCCCUUCGUCCAUGAGGUCAGGAAAGAUGAGGACAUCUAUUCCCCUAUUUUGCGUAAACUCUUCAAUGAGUCCCAUCACAUCUUUGUUGGUCUGCAGAGGAUCAGAGAGGAUCUGCCCAGCAAGAACAAGAAACCCCAGUAAGGCUGGGAUAGGCUACUUUCUCUUUUAAUUCAAACUAGGGUUCUUAGUUUUCCUUUGUCAUGUGGUCAGGAAAAACUCCUGGUUCUAAAUAUACCAAACAGUGGUGAUGUGUGUGACUUGAUCUCAUAGUAAUCAAAAGGUUUUGCAUUGUAAUAGGUACACUCAAAUUGCUAAGCAUUUAUCAAUUUCACGUAUUUAUUCAGGUUCGUCAGUAUUAGCAAGAACUACAGGUCUGUGAUUCGAGCAUGCAUGGAGGAACUCCAGCAAGUCGCAGGUAUAGUAUAUGGCAACAUUUCAACAAUCAAAUGUUUAACAAUGCAGUUCAUAGACAGACUUAAGUAGCAUGCUAUUUCCCCUCACUUUGCAGUUUCUACACAAGAUGCAGCGUUGGCUACACAGUAUGGAAAUCAGGUAGAGUACUUGUCUGCGCCUAUUCAGAUCCAGACUAACCACUUACUCUCAUGUCAAGAGAACAUAACCGAAGUAAUAUAACAUUUAAUCAGCAAACGUGAGAAAAAAGUAUCCUGAAUCGAAGAUGUUGAACACUUUUGUAAUGUUAUACAACUCAUAGACUGUCUUAGUGUAUAAUAAUAUAUCAUAGUGAUUUCCUUGGCACGACUCUUCUCUCCUGUUUUUCAUGACAGGUGUCAAUCCUGCUGGCAGUAGAGCUGAUCUGGAACCUUUGUGAAGUGUUGUUCAUCGAUGCAGCUCCAGGUAGCGUCUAUAUUUUGUGUGUCAACUGUGACGUUGCUUUGGACACAGAAGCAUCCUCUAGGUGUGAACCAUAGAGCUAGAUAGAAGACUCAUCUUUGUAUCUGUGCCAUUACAGCGUCUGUGACAGCAGGGUCAGCGCCAUUGAGGUGAACUCAAUUUUAAAGUAGUCAAUUAUCUUCUUUUUCAUUGGCUGAUUGCUCCCACAGGGGUCGCGUUAACGCAGGAUUCUGCAUUUUUCACACAGAAGGGGAAAUAUAAAACGCAGGGAAAAAAUUGUGCUGCGUUUUGUAAACGCAGAUCUAAAAUGCUUCUUAUUGUAAAUUCUGCUAGGCAUCAGUCAGGGUUUGCUCCAAAUCAUGAUUGUAAAAGGUGCUUCAGUUCCACUUCUCCACUCGGAUGAAACAUAUUUGCUCUCGUUAUUGGAUCAUUCUCCGGUACUUUCCUCCAGUGUAGUUUUUCUCCAGUAGCAAGUUAAAAUGCAAACUCAGGACCACUGCUCCUGAGUGGCGCAGUGGUCUAAGGCACUGCAUUGCAGUGCUAACUGUGCAACUAGAGAUCCUGGUUCGAAUCCAGGCUCUGUCGCAGCCGGCCGCGACCGGGAGACUAAUGGGCGGCGCACAAUUGGCCCAGCGUCGUCCAGGGUAGGGGAGGGAAUGGCCGGCAGGGAUGUAGCUCAGUUGAUAGAGCAUGGCGUUUGCAACGCCAGGGUUGUGGGUUCGUUUCCCACAGGGGGCCAGUAUAAAAAGAUACAUAAAUAAAUAAAAAUGUAUUCACUAACUGUAAGUCGCUCUGGAUAAGAGCGUCUGCUAAAUGACUAAAAUGUAAUGUAAAUGUAAAAUAUGAUGGCCAUGCAUAGUUUUAGCAAAAAAUACCUUGCUUUUUCAUUGUAAGCUAAUUUACUUAUUUCUGGCUGCUAGCCAAAUAGCGUUGCACUUCUGUUGUCAUCUGAUGAAAAUGUUUUUCUGGUGAAUGUGUUGCACUAAUGUAUUUUGUGUAAAGAAAAACUACACUUGCAAGCCCCUGGUCACUCCAUUGAAGCCAAAAAACACUGUUGACUUUCAAUAUGAAUGAAAUGAAAAUGCAGAUUUCUGAAAGCUAACGCGACCCCUGUCCCAACUCGUAUGAAUCCCCACCCAGUUGACUACUUUAAAAUGGUGGAAGCCCUCAAUGGCAAUGUCCAUGCUAAAAGGGGUUAUAUCCAUGAUGAGUCAUCAAUCUCUGUGGUGUGAACAGAACAUAAUAUUUUCUGCACCCUGUUUUUUGUAUGUGACCCUCCAGCUGGCUCCCUGCUGCUCCACCUGCUCGACUGGGUGAGGCUGCACAAGGCUGACGUGGAUGAGAAGGCCGGUGAGGUGCUUGCGAGUGAGAGCCCCGCAGAGCACCAGGCCUACUGGGAUGUGGUACGUACACAUACACCCCUCUCCUGUCUCUGUCUGCCUUUUAAAACUUUUAUUGGCACAGUGCGCACAUACGUCACACCGAUUUUGUCUUUGACCGGGCUCUACAGUGCGACCAUUUUACUCACAAAUGCGCCUAAAAAUAGAUGUGUGCGAACUGCAAAAGUAAUGUAUGUGCAUGUGAUUUAUAGUGAACAAAUAGCUGCCGUUUUUGUUUCAUAGCUGGUAGCUAAUCACACAAAGAACUACGAAUCCCAUAUAGCUUUCCCACCUCGAGCAGCAACAGUGCCUGGGGCGCACUGUGAGUGAAGUGCUGAAAGAUACAUAUUUUGAAGCGCACAGCGUAGAAGUUCGUUGAUUUCACUUGAAAGUCUACUAAAGUGGCUAUUUACAUAGUUUUGUUCACACGCUAUGUGGUUUUUCAAUGUUAGUUUGAGCUUGCUCAACUGCUAGCAAAGAGACACGUCAGAGAAUCUCAAAGGGGCAGCUGAACAUUGUUGUCUCGCCUAAAUGACUCAAAUAUUUGUGGGUACAUUGUAAUUGAUUGAGCAUGGAACACUCCAAAAAACGUUUUAUUCUUUAACUUUUAUUAAUUUCUUAUCAUAAAAACACUUCCUCAAAUACUUUCAUUGUGCUCCUUAAUUUCUUUGUGUGCUCCUACAUUUUUCUACUUACGAACACAUGUGCUCCUUGUAAAAAAAAAUGUCAGCGUAGAGCCCUGUUUGAUCAAAACGUCUUUAGUGGAACCUCAAGAUCUCCAGUGGAAUUUUGAGGUGAAAUUGCCUUCAAAUGGAUGGACUUGGAUCUCCAUGAUUGCUUCCAAUGUGGUUGAAAUAAACUGCCAUUGAUAUACUAUGUAUUUUAUCUGUGCAGACUUUCUUUGCCCAGUUUAACUCCUAUAACUUAUGUCUAUUGUGUAAUAACUGCUAUUUAUGUGUACAAUGUUGGUAGCUCAGUUGGUAGAGCAUGGUGCUUGCAACGCCAGGGUUAUGGGUUCGAUUCCCUCGGGGGGCCAGUAUGAAAAUGUAUGCACUCACUAACUGUAAGUCGCUCUGGAUAAGAGCGUCUGUUAAAUGACUAAAAUGUAAAUGUAAAAGAUAUGUUUAUUUGUGUACUAGUCUAUGCAGAUAUUCUUUCUCCCCUAUUGAACCACACUGUCCCCUCUGUGUGUCUCCAGGUGAUCAGCUACGUGCUGCAGGGCCGGAUGGACGAGGCCAGGCAGGUCCUGGUGAAACAGGCAGCUCUGCAGCCUGCAGCCAGGGCCAUGUUCAAACUGCUGGACAACCUGCUCAAGAAGAUGCCCAUCUUCAAUGUACAUAAUGCAUUUCUAUCUGAACGUUUCAACCUCCUGAACAGCACCCAGUUUUAACCACAGAAUCAAGUAGAACACGUGUAUUAUAUAGAACAUAUUAUAUGUAUAUCUAUGGUUGUAACUCUACCUCUCUCCUCUGUGACAUCCUACUGUAGCCUGGUGAGACUCAGACCCUGACAGAGUUUGAUGUAAAGUGGAGACACUGGCGCGAGGAGGUAGACCGCUGUCUCCAGGACCAGUCCUUCGCCAGCAACCCCCACCUGGAGGUUAUCUGUAAGGUCAGUGGCAGAGCCCAAUACCUGCCCUGGCACACUAUACCUGCAUCUGUGUGGUGAUCAGUAGAGCUAGGUAACAGGUAUACACUGAAUGUACAAAACAUUAGGAAUAUUGAGUUGCACCCCACUUUUGCCCUCAGAACAGUCUCAAUUCGUUGGGGCAUGGACUCUACAAGGUGUCCAAAGCAUUCCACAGGGGUGCUGGCCCAUGUUGACUCCAAUGUUUCCCACAGUUGUGUCAAGUUGGUUGGAUGUCCUUUGGGUGGUGGACCAUUCUUGAUACACACGGGAAACUGUUGAGUGUGAAAAACCCAGCAGCGUUGCAGUUCUUGACACACUCAAACCGGUGCGCCUGGCACCUACUACCAUACCCCGUUCAAAGGCACUUAAAUCUUUUGUCUUGCCCAUUCACCCUCUGAAUGGCACACAUACACAAUCCAUGUCUCAAUUGUCUCAAGGCUUAAAAAUCCUUCUUUAACCUGUUUCCUCCCCUUCAUCUACACUGACUGAAGUGGAUUUACCAGGUGACAUCAAUAAGGGAUCAUAGCUUUCACCUGGUCAGUCUAUGUCAUGGAAAGAGCCUAAUGUUUUGUACACUCAGUGUAGGUACCUGUAGUAUACAAUGUGUACCUUAGCCAAAGGGCACUCGCUCUGUACAUUUAGAGUCCAUGCUUUGGCUCUGUACCUGCAUCUGUGUGAGCGUGAACUGUAAAGGAGCCAAAAUGAUCUGUUUUGUUGGUGCUAUCUGUCUCUUCCAUCUGCUAUCCAUAUGUUCCACCUGUUGAUCCAUUCAUUCAUCCAUCCAUGGUUUGUCCAUACCCUCCUAAUUAUCCAUCCAUGGUUUGUCCAUACCCUCCUAAUUAUCCAUCCAUGGUUUAUCCAUACCCUCCUAAUUAUCCAUCCAUGGUUUAUCCAUGCCCUCCUUAUUAUCCAUCCAUGGUUUAUCCAUGGUUUGUCCAUACCCUCCUAAUUAUCCAUCCAUGGUUUAUCCAUGCCCUCCUAAUUAUCCAUCCAUGGUUUAUCCAUACCCUCCUAAUUAUCCAUCCAUGGUUUAUCCAUGCCCUCCUUAUUAUCCAUCCAUGGUUUGUCCAUACCCUCCUAAUUAUCCAUCCAUGGUUUAUCCAUGACCUCCUAAUUAUCCAUCCAUGGUUUAUCCAUACCCUCCUAAUUAUCCAUCCAUGGUUUAUCCAUACCCUCCUAAUUAUCCAUGUAGAUCCUGGUUGGUGAUGAGGAUGUUCUCCUGGAGCACAAGGAGCUGCUGAGUACCUGGUAUCACUUCCUGGUCACCAGACUGCUGUUCUCCCACCCCACUGUCAAGCCCACAGAGCUGCACUACUACGCACAGGUACUUACUACUACACUACACACUUACUACUGCGCACAGGUACUUACUACUACGCACAGGUACUUACUACUACGCACUGGUACUUACUACUACAAACUGGUACUUACUACUACACUAUACACUUACUACUACACACUGGUACUUACUACUACACUAUACACUUACUACUACACACUGGUACUUACUACUACACACUGGUACUACCUACAGUGAGGGAAAUAAGUAUUUGAUCCCCUGCUGAUUUUGUACGUUUGCCCACUGACAAAGACAUGAUCAGUCUAUAAUUUUAAUGGUAGGUCUAUUUGAACAGUGAGAGACAGAAUAACAACAAAACAAUCCAGAAAAACACAUGUCAAAAAUGUUAUAAAUUGAUUUGCAUUUUAAUGAGGGAAAUAAGUAUUUGACCCCUCUGCAAAACAUGACUUAGUACUUGGUGGCAAAACCCUUGUUAGCAGUCACAGAGGUCAGACGUUUCUUGUAGUUGGCCACCAGGUUUGCACACAUCUCAGGAGGGAUUUUGUCCCACUCCUCUUUGCAGAUCUUCUCCAAGUCAUUAAGGUUUCGAGCCUGACGUUUGGCAACUCGAACCUUCAGCUCCAUCCACAGAUUUUCUAUGGGAUUAAGGUCUGGAGACUGGCUAGGCCACUCCAGGACCUUAAUGUGCUUCUUCUUGAGCCAGUCCUUUGUUGCCUUGGCUGUGUGUUUUGGGUCAUUGUCAUGCUGGAAUACCCAUCCACGACCCAUUUUCAAUGCCCUGGCUGAGGGAAGGAGGUUCUCACCCAAGAUUUGACGGUACAUGGCCCCGUCCAUCGUCCCUUUGAUGCGGUGAAGUUGUCCUGUCCCCUUAGCAGAAAAACACCCCCAAAGCAUAAUGUUUCCACCUCCAUGUUUGACGGUGUGGAUGGUGUUCUUAGGGUAAUAGGCAGCAUUCCUCCUCCUCCAAACAUGGCGAGUUGAGUUGAUGGCAAAGAGCUCGAUUUUGGUCUCAUCUGACCACAACACUUUCACCCUGUUCUCCGCUGAAUCAUUCAGAUGUUCAUUCAGAUGUUCAUUGGCAAACUUCAGACGGGCCUGUAUAUGUGCUUUCUUGAGCAGGGGGACCUUGCAGGCGCUGCAGGAUUUCAGUUCUUCACGGCGUAGUGUGUUACCAAUUAUUUUCUUGGUGACUAUGGUCCCAGCUGCCUUGAGAUCAUUGACAAGAUCCUCCCGUAUAGUUCUGAGCUGAUUCCUCACCGUUCUCAUGAUCAUUGCAACUCCACGAGGUGAGAUCUUGCAUGGAGCCCCAGGACGAGGGAGAUUGAGAGUUCUUUUGUGUUUCUUCCAUUUGCGAAUAAUCGCACCAACUGUUGUCACCUUCUCACCAAGCAGCUUGGCGAUGGUCUUGUAGCCCAUUCCAGCCUUGUGUAGGUCUACAAUCUUGUCCCUGACAUCCUUGGAGAGCUCUUUGGUCUUGGCCAUGGUGGAGAGUUUGGAAUCUGAUUGAUUGAUUGCUUCUGUGGACAGGUGUCUUUUAUACAGGUAACAAACUGAGAUUAGGAGCACUCCCUUUAAGAGUGUGCUCCUAAUCUCAGCUCCUUACCUGUAUAAAAGACACCUGGGAGACAGAAAUCUUUCUGAUUGAGAGGGGGUCAAAUACUUAUUUCCCUCAUUUAAAAUGCAAAUCAAUUUAUACAUUUUUGACAUGCGUUUUUCUGGAUUUUUUUGUUGUUAUUCUGUCUCUCACUGUUCAAAUAAACCUACCAUUAAAAUUAUAGACUGAUCAUUUCUUUGUCAGUGGGAAAAUGUACAAAAUCAGCAGGGGAUCAAAUACUUUUUUCCCUCACUGUACCUCUUUAAGGAAUACCUGGGAUAGUAUAAAAGUAAUCCUUCUUCCCACCCCCACAAAAAAAAAAAAAAAUAUAUAUAUAUAUAUAACAAAUUAAAAUUAAAAAUAUACUCUAAAAAUUAGAAAAAUAUAUAUUUUUAAAAAUUGUAAAGUGGUUGUCCCACUGGCUAUCAUAAGGUGAAUGCACCAAUUUGUAAGUCGCUCUGGAUAAGAGCGUCUGCUAAAUGACGUAAAUGUAAAUGGUACUUACUACUACGCACUGGUACUUACUACUACACACUGGUACUUACUACUACACUAUACACUUACUACUACGAACUGGUACUUACUACUACACUAUACACUUACUACUACACAUUGGUACUUACUACUACGCACUGGUACUUUCUACUACGCACUGGUACUUUCUACUACGCACUGGUACUUACUACUACGCACUGGUACUUUCUACUACGCACUGGUACUUUCUACUACGCACUGGUACAUUCUACUACGCACUGGUACAUUCUACUACGCACUGGUACUUUCUACUACGCACUGGUACUUACUACUACGCACUGGUACUUUCUACUACGCACUGGUACUUUCUACUACGCACUGGUACUUUCUACUACGCACUGGUACUUUCUACUACGCACUGGUACUUUCUACUACGCACUGAUACUUUCUACUACGCACUGGUACUUACUACUACGCACUGGUACUUACUACUACGCACUGGUACUUAGUACUACACUAUACAUGAUACAGAGUUGCACUAGUAUGCUCUGGGACUUAACACAACACUAUGAGUAAGUGUCCUGUCCUAUGUGUGUGUUCCAGUCGAGCAUGCACAUGUUCCUGGACACGAGGAGUGUCCCAGAGCCCCUGGACAGCAUCCUGCUGGCAGCCUUUGAGUUUGACAUCCACCAGGUCAUCAAGGACUGCAGGUGAGGAGGAGCGUCUGUUGACCAUAGAAAUACAGAAACCAUAGUAAUGCUAUUUCUACGGUAUAGAACCCAGGAAGAGUAGCUCCGUUGUUGCUAAGGUAACAGUAACUGCUAAUGGGGAUAAGAGGAAAUAAAUGUGGGGGCUAGACACACAAUGUGCUUUUCCCUCUGUCUCUCCUCAUCUAAACUACUGUUCAGUUUCAUAUGUUGUGAUAUUUAUGACAUGUUAUUUGUGCUUUCCAGCAUUGCUCUCAACAACUGGUGGUUUGUGGGGCAUCUGACUGACCUGCUGGACCACUGUAAACUGCUCCAGUCUCACAACCUACAGUAAGCUAAGCACACCACUGUCCCACAAAGGGUUAACAUUAACUGCCAAAUGAUACAAGCUUUCAAUAUUGUUCCAAUGGUAACAUUGGCCAUAAUCAUAGAAAGAGAAAUUGGCGUGCUCAGCUCAAAUGUUUGUAAUAACAAAAAGUAUUUGGGUGCCGGAUUCAAAAGGCAUACACUUGAAUAAAGGAAGAACCCAUACUCACUGAAAUAUUUUUAUGUAUUUUUUUAGCAGCUGAGGUCAGAGCAAACGGAGGCGUUUCGGUGGCAGACUUCAUCAGCGUUGAUCAUAAUAACAUGUGUUCUCUGUUUGUGUUGAUUAGUUUUGGCUCCAACCUGAGGGAGUUUCUACUGCUGGAAUACGCCUCAGGACUGUUCACCCAUCACAGGUGAGACAGACCACUCUUCUGGUUAGUAUAGAUUUGACUAUAUGCAUAACUCCCAGUGCCAACAUGUCUCUGUUUUUCAAUACAGUACAAUACAGUUAGAGCAGAGCAAUUUUGGCAUCGAACUCAAACAUAUUUUGAAAUGCAACAUAAAAAAACAACUGAAUUAAUAAAUAUUUCAAUAAAUAAACAUACAUUUAAACAUACACUAUCACGUCUGCAAAACUACACAUGCAGAUACACUGUGUCCAGCAGUUAUCUUUCAUAGAAAGAGAAGUGUUGUCGGCUAGACAUACAGUGGGGAGAACAAGUAUUUGAUACACUGCCGAUUUUGCAGGUUUUCCUACUUACAAAGCAUGUAGAGGUCUGUAAUUUUUAUCAUAGUUACACUUCAACUGUGAGAGACGGAAUCUAAAACAAAAAUCCAGAAAAUCACAUUGUAUGAUUUUUAAGUAAUUAAUUUGCAUUUUAUUGCAUGACAUAAGUAUUUGAUACAUCAGAAAAGCAGAACUUAAUAUUUGGUACAGAAACCUUUGUUUGCAAUUACAGAGAUCAUACGUUUCCUGUAGGUCUUGACCAGGUUUGCACACACUGCAGCAGGGAUUUUGGCCCACUCCUCCAUACAGACCUUCUCCAGAUCCUUCAGGUUUCAGGGCUGUCGCUGGGCAAUACAGACUUUCAGCCCCCUCCAAAGAUUUUCUAUUGGGUUCAGGUCUGGAGACUGGCUAGGCCACUCCAGGACCUUGAGAUGCUUCUUACGGAGCCACUCCUUAGUUGCCCUGGCUGUGUGUUUUGUGUCGUUGUCAUGCUGGAAGACCCAGCCACGACCCAUUUUCAAUGCUCUUACUGAGGGAAGGAGGUUGUUGGCCAAGAUCUCGCGAUACAUGGCCCCAUCCAUCCUCCCCUCAAUACGGUGCAGUCGUCUUGUCCCCUUUACAGAAAAGCAUCCCCAAAGAAUGAUGUUUCCACCUCCAUGCUUCACGGUUGGGAUGGUGUUCUUGGGGUUGUACUCAUCCUUCUUCUUCCUCCAAACACGGCGAGUGGAGUUUAGACCAAAAAGCUCUAUUUUUGUCUCAUCAGACCACAUGACCUGCCCUGCCGUGUAGUUCUGGGCUGAUCCCUCACCUUCCUCAUGAUCAUUGAUGCCCCACGAGGUGAGAUCUUGCAUGGAGCCCCAGACCGAGGGUGAUUGACCGUCAUCUUGAACUUCUUCCAUUUUCUAAUAAUUGCGCCAACAGUUGUUGCCUUCUCACCAAGCUGGCUUCUUAAAGAAAAACUAACAGGUCUGUGAGAGCCGGAAUUCUUACUGGUUGGUAGGUGAUCAAAUACUUAUGUCAUGCAAUAAAAUGCAAAUUAAUUACUUAAAAAUCAUACAAUGUGAUUUUCUGUAUGUUUGUUUUAGAUUCCGUCUCUCACAGUUGAAGUGUACCUAUGAUAAAAAUUACAGACCUCUACAUGCUUUGUAAGUAGGAAAACCUGCAAAAUCCGCAGUGUAUCAAAUACUUGUUCUCCCCACUGUAUAGGUCUCUUCCCCUAUUUGACCUCCUCCAGUGCUGCUCCUAUUGCAUGAUUGGUUAAGCUGUGCAUGAUUAACAAGCUAUUUCCUGUCUCUCUGGUCCUCAGCCUGUGGCAGCUGGCUGUGGACUACUUUGACCACUGUCCAGAGUUUGGCCGUGUGUACCUGGAGCUACAGAUAGAGCGUGUUCCUCUGGACACGGAGCGCAAGGCCCUGAAGGUGAUCAGGAUCUGUGAGCAGAGGCAGAUGCCUGAACAAGGUAGAUAUGAUGCAUAUGCAUACAUGUACGUAUGCACACAUGCACACACACACACACUUUUCCAAAACAGUUGUCCAUCUUACUCUCAUGCAUGAAGCUCUCACUGAGACUCACAUUCAGUCUCACUCCCUUAGUCUCAACAUGCACACUUACUAAAAUGCACAUGGAAAAUACAUACAAAAUCCCCUGAUUUGUCAUGCCUGUUGUGGAGAACACCCCCUAACUCUUUGGUAUAAUGUCUCUCUCUGUGUUGCAGUGAGGAGCAUCUGUAAGAUCAUGGCCAAGAAGGCCCUGAGGAACAACAGACUGGGCUCAGCUCUCUCCUGGAGCAUCAGAGCCAAAGAUGCCGCCUUCGCCACCCUCAUAUCAGAGAGGUACUGUAUGUCUACAGGAGUUUUUACUGAUCCUGACCAUGUGACCUGUUCAGGAAAAACUCUGGGCCCUAAUGGAAGGCUGUGUUUGUUUCCUGGACAGUCGUCGGCCUGUUCUUUAGAACUUUGAAAAAGCCUUCUUCCUUCCUCCUUUCCUUGAUGUAACCACUGAUCUAACAUGAGUGGGUUGAUGAAAGCUACAUAGUGGAGUCACUGUAUUAGAUCUGUAAUGACUUCAAGAAGGGCAGGAAAGAUGUCCUCCCAUGACAUCCACAGCACUAGUAGUAGCUACCAGACCAUUCUGUAGUCUCUCUCGCUCUCUCUUUGGGUUUAACCCAGUCUGUGUCUGUAUCCUAGAUAUAGGUAUACAGUAUCUCUGUGGUCUAUAGAUAUAUCUCUGUGGUCUAUAGAUAUAUCUCUAUGGUCUAGAAUUAGGUAUAUCUGUGGUCUGUAUCUCAGGUUUCUCCAGGACUACUGCGCCAAAGGGACCUUCUCUGAUCUGGACCUGAUUGACAACCUGGGCCCAGCCAUGCUGCUCAGUGACAGGCUUACUUUUCUAGGUAUGGGGUGCAAACGUGUACAUACACAGACAUGAAGCACUGUAAACACACACAACCAAACAGUCCUUGGCAGGGCUCUAUGCUGACCUUUUAUACAAGUAGCACGUUUGCGCCUAAGUUGAAAAAUAUAGGCGCACACAAAGAAAUUUAGGAGCACAAAUCAAAAUAUUUGAGGUAAUAAAGCUAGAAUCGUACAUUUUUCUAGGCACACUGGUGCUCCUAAAUUAAAAUUCCAGGUCGCACAGUAAAAUGUUUAGGCGCAUAUGUGAGUAAAAUGGUUGCACUGUAGAUCCCUGCUUGGUGUUGCUUGUUAACUUGAGAUUCAGUCAGCCACAUAUCACUCACAUGCCCCCACACACACACUGGAUCAGACCCAUAAUGUAUUUUGGCCUUUCUAGUAAAUUAUUUACUCUCACAUAGGAGAAAUGUGGUCCAUAUAAGGCUGCAGUCUGUGACUUAACGCUGCUGUAACAGCUGAUGAUAACCUACAGCUGGGGAAAAUGUAACAUGUGAGUGUAAUGUCUCACUUUACAAUUAGUCACUCAUGAAGGCAGAACUAACUGUUCAUUGACUAUGAUGUAUGUAAUGUUAUCUCGUUCUUAAACAUUCAAGUGGAACCACAGUGUAUUUACAUUUAGGCCAAAACAAGUUAUACCAGUGCUGUAGCAAGUAGCAAGUAGAAUGAGAAUUAUCUUUCUAAACAAUUCUACAGUGACCAUAUUGGGUGUUCCAUCUGGCAUCAUGUUUGAUUGAUUGUUCUCACAUCAUUUCUCGGAUUUUGGUGCAUUUCUCAGUGUUAAAUACUUGAAACCGUGGCAUAUUAAUUUUACGCCAUACUAUGUCUGUGUAACCAAUGAUACCAAUGAGAGAGCAUCAUGUGAUUGUAUCUGUUUGUUCAGUCUGUUCCCCUCCUGUCCUGGCUCAUAUUCAUUAGGCACCAUUUACGGAAGAAAACAGGAUGACUACCUGAAUAUGUCCCAUAAGAAACGCUCGUUACCGCUUUCCGUAGCUAUUUAUUUAUUUUUGCUUUGUCCUGAUGAAUGUGAUGCUGUUGUCUGCAGGGAAGUACCGUGAGUUCCACCGUCUGUAUGGCGAGAAGCGUUUCUCGGACGCCGCCAAGCUCCUCCUCUCUCUGAUGACGGCCAAGAUCGCCCCCCGCUCCUUCUGGAUGACUCUGCUGACCGACGCCCUGCCCCUGCUGGAGCAGAAAGAGGUCAGCUGGCCCACAGCAUUAACUUCGACCCUUGACUAAACAUUGAAAUUAACUUUUUUGUAUUUACGUAGUAUAUAGCAUAUUCCAUAGAUUGAAUUUCCCUUUUUUUGGUUUACUAACUAAAUAUGAACGGCAAGACAUCUUUGCAAUCUUAAAGCAAAUUAAUGUCAUAUUAUUUAUAUAUACACUACCGGUCAAAAGUUAGAGAACACCUACUAAUUUUUUUUUUUUUUUACUAUUUUCUACAUUGUAGAAUAAUAGUGAAGACAUCAAAACUAUGAAGUAACACAUGGAAUCAUGUAGUAACUAAAAAAGUGUUAAACAAAUCAAAAUAUAUUUUAUAUUUGAGAUUCUUCAAAUAGCCACCCUUUGCCUUGAUGACAGCUUUGCACACUCUUGGCAUUCUCUCAACCAACUUCACCUGGAAUGCUUUUCCAACAGUCUUGAAGGAGUUCCCACAUAUGCUGAGCACUUGUUGGAUGCUUUUCCUUCACUCUGCGGUCCAACUCAUCCCAAACCAUCUCAAUUUGGUUGAGGUCGGGGGAUUGUGGAGGCCAGGUCAUCUGAUGCAGCACUCCAUCACUCUCCGUCUUGGUAAAAUAUCCCUUACACAGCCUGGAGGUGUGUUGGGUCAUUGUCCUGUUGAAAAACAAAUUAUAGUCCCAGUAAGCCCAAACCAGAUGGGAUGGCGUAUCGCUGCAGAAUGCUGUGGUAGCCAUGCUGGUUAAGUGUGCCUUGAAUUCUAAAUAAAUCACAGACAGUGUCACCAGCAAAGCACCUCCACACCAUCUCCUCCAUGGUUCACGGUGGGAACCACAUGUGGAGAUAAUCCGUUCACCUACUCUGCGUCUCACAAAGACACGGCUGUUGGAACCAAAAAUCUCACAUUUGGACAGAUUUCCACCGGUCUAAUGUCCAUUGCUCGUGUUUUUUGGCCCAAGCAAGUCUCUUCUUCUAAUUGGUGACCUUGUAGUGUUUUUUAUACUUUUCCUUGUUAAAUAAGAUUUGGUUCAUGUGAUCACCUAAUCAGUACCUAAUUCAGUAGAAUGAGGUGUGCCUGUGUUGGAAUUCAACAGACACUGGAAUGGAAUGGCUGUCAUACAUGUAGAGAUGCUGAUUUAAGAAAUAUUUGCAGUGUGUGUGUGUAUAUAUAAUCAAAAUAUUUCAGUUAAGAGAUCUCCUUACCUAAUUGAUUCCCAUCAGAUCUGUACCUCUGAAUAUAUGCUCUUACCUUUGGCAGGUGGUUUUGUAGAUGGUGCCUCUUCAGGCUAAUAGCCUUUUACAUUCACAUUUACAUUUUAGUCAUUUAGCAGACGCUCUUAUCCAGAGCGACUUACAGUUAGUGAGUGCAUACAUUUUUCAUACUUUUGAAGCAGUCAGAAGGCUAAACUCUGGUGUUGUCCUCUUGUAGGUGAUUUUCUCUGCUGAUCAAACUCAUGAGCUGAUGUUCUGUCUAGAGGAGCUGACCUCAUGGAAGAGUGUUCCCAACCCAGACAGACCCAUGCAGGUAAUGGGUUACACACACCCCCUUGCCCUCUAUCUAAUGUCCGUUUCCCUUUCAAUCUCCUAACACCCUUUUUUAUAAUAUGCUCUCAUCUCUACAGUUGCUUAGCCCAGGGCCAGAAAAGUGACCGUUGGUUUCAUUAACAUCAAUAAUUAUAUAAUUAUGAGAAGGGCUUACAAAUAAAAUUUGACAAAAGGACUAAUUAAAGGCAGAAAGGAACAGUUCGAGCGCGCAACAAAAAAAAGCUUUAUUUAUUUUUUUACAACUCCUUUCUACCUUGAAUGAGUCCUUUUGGGAGAUUCUUGGUCAGCCCGUGUCAUGGGUUUUGUUAUCGUUGUUGAGCAGCCCUCCUUUCCUUUGUUUGCUGAAGCACGAAGGCCCACCUGCACUAUUACAUCAUCAUUAUUGAAUAUGGAAUCACUAAAAACAUUGAGGAUGAUCCAUUAAAUGUGUUUCCCUGUGCUUUUUCAGGAUGAGGACAUCGAGACGACCAAGAUUGAGCUCCUGCGGCUAGCGCUAGCCCGUAACCUGGCCAUGGCCAUAGUGAAGGAGGGGACAGUGGAAGUUUGACCAACACUUAGACGAGCGCUUAUCUUUUUCAUUUUAUACUGUACAUAAACCAAAUCUGAUCAAAAUGUGCUAUUUGAUAAAGACAUUUUUUGAUUCUGUGGAAAUGCUUGACAUGAACACUUUGGCUGGGAUUCAAAUUCAAGCACACUGCGCUGUCAACAAUGUGCCUUUUUAAAGGCAAUUUCCCUGACAUUCGCUGAGAUCGCAUUCACAGUAAACCUUUAAGUCAACUUGUCCAGCAUUUUUUAGUUCAUACAGUUGAUUCCUAUGCUGAUGCCUAAGGUAUGAAUAGAACAGCAAUGCCUUAACAACUUGUUAGAACGACAAAGACAAAAGAUUACAAUCAGCUAAAUUACACCAGAUCAAAAGUAUCCUUUAAAAUAAAUACUUUAAUUCGCCAUGCAGCAAACAAAUAGCACAUGUAAUACAGUAUGUACAAUCGUAAAACAUCCUUCAAGACCUCUACACAUCUUCUGACUAGAGACGUUCUACAGACGAUAAGUACACCUAUGUACAGAGCUAUUGUGCCUCUCACAAUGCUACAAGCCAGGGACAACCAGAGAGAGGACACGGGGCAAACUGGCUGCUUUCCAAUUCCCUAACCUCCCCGAAGUGUUCACUUGCUCACUCAUCCUUGUGGAUUUAAAAGCAAUGUAUUAGUGCAAGCAUGGGUUAGGAGUUUCCACCAUAUUCUCACAUCCUUCCAUUCCUUUUGAAUCUGUUAGGAUGAAGGUUAGCGAAUCAACCUUUCACCAUAGAUGAAGUAUGAAAUCAGUGCCCUAUUGUGGGCUCAAUAUUACUGGAAAUGAUUUUGACUCCUUGGUUUCACCUUCCUCCGUGUUAGUUCCAACUUGUGUCAGAUUACGCUUUCAGUCAGUGUUAAGCUUGGUCAAUUCAGUGAUGCACUGAAAUACUAAAACUGAAAUAAAUAAAACAAUACAUAAUUCCAAUACUGACAAUGGAGAAAAUAAUAUUACACAUCCUAAAACUCAGGACUAACGGAUAUCUUAACUCUGACAGACAACUUCGAAAACUCCAAAACACCAUGGCAAGCAUCAGAGGGAGUAUAAGAAGAACCCGUACAUUAAACCAACUAAGGUUUGCAUUUAUGAUCACAACUUACAGAAACAUGCCAGGAGUAACCACAAUAUUGAUUAGAGUGUUGCUAGGAAACCCAGUCAUCAAAAUAGUAGCUGUAUAUUAGUCUGUGGUAAGACCUAAAGAUGGUCCAGCAAACCCAUUAAAUAACUAAUAUCAUUGAGAAAUACAAUAUACCUCACUUAAAAACAAUGUCAUAAUAAUCACCACAAUUAUGUCUAAUAAGCAUGAUCACUGGAUAUGCACUGAAGAAAUAUUGAAACACCUGAUGGAAUCAUGUUCGAGGCUUUUGUCAACAGCUAGCUAGCACCCACAUCUAAUCAACAUAACUUCCUGUAUCUUGACUCAAGUUUUAAGUCUGAGCUAACAUACUAGCUAGCAAGUCCUCCGGAUAAGAUUCCCAGAUUUCACCAAGUUCUAUUCCAGUUAUAGGACUAAUCAAUCAUUUUUCCUAGUUAUAAGCUCUGAAUAAUAAUGUCCAUUCUAGAAUGCCCUUCUAGCCCAUCAGAAACAAGCAUUUAACA